AUGGAUUUGGUGUUGGAAACUUUGGACCAUUACAUCUUCGACGAUGUGUAUGCCAAGAUUGCGCCUGUUGAGUUGCAACGUGGUAUCGACGACUCGUUGGUCAAUGCUUUGUCUCUGAAUAAGAUCGUCUCUAACUCUACGCUGCUGCAUGAGACCUUGUCUAUCACUAACUCCUUGAAGCGUGUGAACAAGGACGUCUACGGGUUGACUCCCUUCUUGUUUGACUUCACAGAGAAGACCUACGCGUCUUUGCUGCCAAGAAACAACCUGAUCAGAGAGUUCUUCUCCCUGUGGGCUGUCGUCACCGUCUUCGGUCUGCUAUUGUACCUGAUCACCGCCUCUUUGUCCUACGUUUUCGUCUUCGACAGAACUAUCUUCAACCAUCCAAAAUACUUGAAGAACCAGAUGUACCUGGAGAUCAAGUUGGCUGUCUCUGCCAUCCCUACUAUGUCCCUCUUGACUGUCCCUUGGUUUAUGCUAGAGCUGAACGGAUACUCUAAGCUGUACUACGAUGUCGACUGGGAGCACCACGGUCUAAGGAAACUGCUGAUCGAGUACGCCACUUUCAUCUUCUUCACCGACUGUGGUAUCUACUUGGCUCACAGAUGGCUGCACUGGCCUCGUGUCUACAAGGCCUUGCACAAGCCUCACCACAAGUGGUUGGUCUGCACUCCAUUCGCCUCCCACGCCUUCCACCCAGUCGACGGUUACUUCCAAUCCUUGUCCUACCACAUCUACCCAAUGAUCCUGCCUCUACACAAGAUCUCCUACUUGAUCCUGUUCACCUUCGUCAACUUCUGGUCCGUUAUGAUCCACGACGGUCAACACAUGUCCAACAACCCAGUUGUCAACGGUACCGCCUGCCACACCGUCCACCACUUGUACUUCAACUACAACUACGGUCAGUUCACCACCUUGUGGGACAGAUUGGGUGGCUCCUACAGAAGACCAGAGGACUCCCUGUUCGACCCUAAGCUAAAGAUGGACAAGAAGGUCCUAGAAAAGCAAGCUAGAGAAACCGCCGCUUACAUCCAAGAGGUGGAAGGUGACGACACAGACAGAGUCUACAACACCGACAAGAAGAAGACCAACUAG